AUGAAGGAUAACAGUCGUCACUACGACGCUUGGAAUGGCACUGCUGUGCACCGACCCAAACUCACCACACAUUAUCAUUACGUGACACGGCCAAAGUGGUCGCCUGGCGCGCAAGAUGGAAAAUCCUCCCAAGGCGCAAGGAAACUUAGCUGGCCCUUCUUUGGCAACGAGCAGCCAGCUCUCGCAUCUGUAUCAACCGAUCGACAGCCAUUAGUACGAGAAGAUACGGAUACUACAACGCCCCUAGACCUCGAACCCACUCUCUCCUUUACAGAGAAGUACGGCCGCUGUCUCGAAAUACUACACUACGGAUCCAGUAGCACAACCCGUCUCCACGAAAGCAAACCAGCCACUGGCAACUUAUCUUCCAAACACAAACAUCCUCACCGAUUCCACGCAAUCAAAGUAUACCGCUACAAUAUCCUGGACUCCAACAAUCCCCUCUCUCACGCCCGGUCAUGCUCCCAACUCUCAAUAUCAAAUCUCCACCCAGACCACCCCAACAUCCUCCAAAUAACAGACCUCCUCUACAACGAACGCAAAGAACUCUGCCUCGUCACGCCUUUCUGCGGAGGCGGCGACCUACAUGAACUCCUAUCCCGCCACGGUCCCCUCCCACCCACCGAAGCAGACUGUCUCCUCGCCCAAAUCCUCCGAGCUCUCUCCUUCAUCCACACCCAGAACACCGCCCACCGGGACGUCCGCCUCGAAACAAUCCUCCUAACAACCACCGGCACCGUCAAACUCGCCGGUUUCGGCAACGGCCACAUCAGACGCCUAUGGAACGAGUCCGCCAUCCAACCUGAGCCCGAAGCAUCAGAAUCAACAACCCACCCACCCCAACACGCCCACUCCCAACCAUCAACCUGGUCAUUCUCACUCCCUUGGCUCUUCCCGUCCAAACAAGACCACCAAACCACAGCCCGCGGCAACGGCGACUACUCCAGCUCCACAGCCUCAUUCCCAGGAAUAAGCAUGCCCUACAUUCCACCCGAGGGCCUACGGUACCGAGCCCACCGCUCCACAGACGAAUCAAGCGACGUCUACGACGGCGACGACCCCCGUCCCGCAGACGUAUGGUCCGCGGCGAUAAUCUACCUCGCAAUGAUCAACGGCCGUCUUCCGUGGCGCUCGACGCGUCCUCGUUGUGAGGAUGCGAGAUUCUUGGAGUAUUUGAGUUGUAGACUUGAUGAGGAUGGAUAUCCGCCUAUUGAGGCGUUGGGGAGGCUAACGCGGCCCGCGCAGAGACGACGAAAUGCUAUUUAUGCGAUGUUGCAUCCUAAUCCGAAGAAACGGAUCACGUCCAAGGAUAUGCUCAAGUCGGAGUGGAUGGAUAGUGUUUCUAUUUGUGAGGCUGGGGAUGCAGGGUAUCAAGGUUCAGGUAUUUAG